UCGUACGUAAUGGAACAGUAUAUAGGAUCGAAAAUAUAAAGCAUAUAUGGGAAAUUGUCACGUGGAAAGAGCUCUCUCUGUCUAUCAUAAAUAGCCUUCACCAUUUUUAUUAUUUUAACCUGUAGUGCAGUUGUAGAUUUAACAGUCUCUGCUUAGCUUUCAAGCUUUUCAAGGUCUAGGGUGAGCCAACCUGGAUUUGUAAGUAUUUCAGAACGGAUAGCGAUGGAAGGUGGUGAGAAUGAGAAUGGGGGUAAGAAGAGGGGAUGCGGUUGCAGCAAGCAAGAUUUCUUGCCAGAAGAGUCAUUUCAGAGUUGUAGAAGCUAUUUGAAUGCAUUGUGUAACACUAAAUCUAGGCUUAGAGACCGGCUGCUGGCACGUUCCGCGGACCAUAUGGAACUACAUGAAAUACGUGGUCGUAGCCAGCAUGAAAUGAAGAAAAGGUUGAAUUGGUGGGACAUAAUUUGGUUUGGGAUUGGAGCUGUGAUGGGUUCAGGAAUAUUUGUCCUCACUGGGGAAGCCGCUAGAAAUCAUUCUGGGCCAGCAGUCGUGGUUUCGUAUCUUAUUUCAGGUAUGACUGCGCUGCUUUCGGUUUUGUGCUACACUGAAUUCUGUGUGGAACUACCGGUUGCGGGAGGCUCAUUUACAUAUCUUAGAGUAGAGCUGGGUGAUUUCGUUGCUUAUAUUGCUGCUGGGAACAUUCUGUUUGAGUACGUGGUUGCUGGUGCUAGUGUGGCAAGGUCCUGGACUUCCUAUCUCGCUACUUUGUUCAACCAUGACCCCAAUAGUUUCCGCUUCCAUGCUUCAUCCUUUCCCGAAGACUACAGCCAUUUAGACCCUAUUGCAGCAGUUGUCUCACUGCUCAUCUGCAUUGCCGCAUGUAUGAGCACCAAAGGGUCCUCAAGGUUCAAUUCCAUUGCCACCAUUGUCCAUCUACUAGUUUUGCUUUUCAUUCUCAUUGUUGGUUUGACCAAAGCUAACCCCCAACAUUUUUCCAACUUUGCCCCUAAUGGCAUCCGUGGUAUUCUGAAAGCUUCAUCUAUUCUCUUCUUUGCUUAUGUGGGAUUUGAUGGAGUGGCAACCCUUGGAGAAGAGGUUAAGAACCCGGGUCGAGAUAUCCCAAUCGGCUUAAUAGGCUCGAUGUUGAUUAUAAUACUACUGUAUUGCCUUCUCUCAGCAACAUUGAUUUUGAUCCAACCCUACUACCAAAUUGAUGUGAAUGCGCCAUUUACUUUGGCAUUCCAAGCCAUAGGCCUGAAAUGGGCUAAAUAUAUUGUUGCUUUAGGUGCAUUGAAGGGCAUGACCACGGUCUUGCUAGCCAACAUACUUGGACAAGCUCGGUAUUUCACUCACAUAGGGCGCACUCAUUUGGCACCACCCUUCCUUGCAACCAUUAACGAGAAAACAAGAACACCAGUUAACGCCACAGUCGUCAUGACCCUCCUAAACUCCAUCGUAGGAUUCUUCACAAGUCUUGACGUGCUGGCAAACCUUCUUUCCUUGACAACACUGUUGAUUUUCUCACUGGUUGCAUUGGCGCUUUUGGUUAGACGUUACUAUGUGGGAGGUGAGACAACAAGCUCCAACAGAAACAAGCUGAUCCUGUUCUUGAUGUUGAUGGUAGGAUCCUCAAUUGCUACUGCUGUAUAUUGGGCGAUUGGGAAAAAUGGAUGGAUCGGAUAUGCAGUGACUGUCCCCAUUUGGUUCAUAGCUACACUUGGGCUAAAUCUGAUGGUGAAGGAAGCAAAGAAACCUAAGUUGUGGGGAGUGCCAUUAGUGCCUUGGCUACCAUCAGCUUCUUUUGCCACUAACGUUUUUAUCAUGGCUUCAGUUGAUGGGGCAUCAUAUGUGCGAUUUGGAAUCUGGACAUUGCUAUUGCUGGUCUAUUAUGUUUUCAUUGCACUACAUGCUUCAUAUGAUGCAGCUAAGGAGACUACUGAUACAACUUCAGCAGCUACUGCUACAUGCCUUGAGGAUGGAGGAGCAUCACAACUCCACCAUUGAAUCUUUUCUGGAGUAGAUUAUUAUUAUAUAUUGCUCUUAUUUAUUUUCGUUAUUUGUAACUUCAAGGUUUAAUUAUAUUAAUGCAAAAUUAUGUUUUUUAA